AUGUUCUUCGUGAUGAAGCCUCCGCCUCAGGAAUUAGCCUUGCAUGUCUCCAGCGACACGCCCCUCUCGAAACAGUUCAACGGUGAGUGGGGCUUUUGGGAAAGCUUUUUCGUUCCGCUCCUGGACGAGCAGCAGACGAUGCAGUCCCUCUCGCUGCUGGACCCUGCCAUGUGCGAGGACUUCUUCGUCUCGCAGCGGCUCCCGGUGAGAUGCCAUUCGUGCCCCAAGGGACGCGAGGUGCUCACCAUUCCUGACGACUUGGUGGUGCGGUACACGCUGAAGGUUGUCUGCAAAGACAUGGACCAGUGGUCGGACCUUUGCCAUAAAAUCGGUGAGGAUAUGAUCAUGCAGGACAACUGCAUCAUCGAGUACAAGCACCUCAAGCCUGGGGACGAGUGUGUGGAAGCAUACCACGAGAUGACGGGCACCGAGGAGCACGCCCGCCUCAUCAAGCGCGACUUCGAGCUUCUUAAACUGCCUGUCGUCUUGACCUUCGAGUGCGACAUGAAGGUCAUCAUUUGGUUGAUUUGGGAGCGCGUGGUGGCGUUGAAGGUGACAUCAGCAACCGUUCGUCAUCCUGUUGCUCAGGGACGUGCCCCGUAG